GCAUAUAUUGUGUAUAAUUAAAUGGAAAGGGUUUGUUAUAAAAGACGCAUUAAAGCAUAUAAUCUUUCCUUCGUUUCAAUUCACUUACAAUUAUGCAUAUGCGAAAAUCUUUCAUGUUUCUUCGACACGCAUUAAGAACUCACCCUUGUUUACGACACGUGUAUUGCCAUGGCGAUCGUUGGGUAACGCGAUAAAUAAAUGCGUCUGCAGUCUGUACAUGUGCAUACAUGCGUCAAUGCACGCAAGUUUGUCGACCGGCUCGGUACGUUUACGUAUUUUCUUGUAAGCAAAUAUAUUAAACGAACAUGGCAGCGAAGAAUUUACGUGAGAAAAAGCGCGAUUUCAAUCAGAAUUUGAUCGAACCGUCCCGCUCGUUCGAACAGUUAUGCAACAUGAUAAACAAAUUGGAAAAAGAUAGCAAUACUAAAAUUGCGGAAUAUAAUCAAAUGGAUUUAUUGGUCGCCGAUGAUAUAAAGUACGAUGUCAAUCUAGAGCCAGCGAUGCGCAAAUACUCGGGACAAAUUGAACCAGAGAAAGAUGUUGCGACAGACAGAUGUGGAUCAAUUGCAACAACUUAUGAAGACAUAAUGUCGUUUCUAGGAACGCUAGAAAACGAAGAUGCGCCAGCAAAUGAAGUCACUGCCAAUAACGUGACAACUAUGAUCUCGUCCUGCCAAAAUUCUAGGUAUGAUGUCCAGAAUCUUAGCUCGAUUCAACGGGACGAUUUAGAAACCGCGAAACUACAAAUUGAGGAAAGAAACGCGACGAUAGAAUGUCUGAAAGAUCAACUAAAGUUCGAGCGCAAGGCAGCGUGCGACAAAAUGGCGUCACAGAAACGUCAUCACACUAUCAGGACGAAGGAGUUAGAGAACAAGUAUAGAACAAUCGUGAAACGUCAUCAGAAAUUUAUCGAACAGCUGCUCGCCGAGAAAACGGAUCUUACGCAGAAAUGUGACUCUCUGGCGCGACAAAUUAAAGAGACGGAACAGAAAAUCCAACGAGAUCUGAAAGUAAUUACCGAGAGGCAUGCCGUCGAGCUACAACGCGCGAAGGAGAACAUAGCAGCAUCCGAGAAGAUCCGGCGCGAACGAUGGCUGGAGAUGAAAACAUCAAAAAUCAAGGAAAUGACAGUGAAAGGCUUGGAACCAGAAUUACAUAAUAUGAUGGAGCAACAUCAGCAAGAGAUACAGGAAUUAAGACGCGCGCAUAUAAAAGAAUUACAAGAUACGGAAUUACGCGCAAUGCGCAGGUCGAAUCAGCAACUGGAGCAAUUGCGAAUCGAAUUGACAGAUAGUUACGAGAAAAUGUUGGCCAAAGAGAAAGACAUAUUGGCGGCAAGGUACAAAGAAAAUCUGGAAGAGCAGGAGACGCACUUUCAGACGCAACAAAAAACAUUCGCGGAGCGUUUCGAAAGAGAGAAGUCAAUGCUCAUUGCAGAACAAAAGAAACACGAUCGGGAAACAAGCGUAAGGAUACAACAAACUGAAUUGCAUUUUCAGACAGAAACGGAAAGAUUAAAAGAGCAGCAUGAAAUUGCUAAAAGAAAUUUCGAGGAAUCUUUGAGAAAAGAAUGGCUCGCGUGGGCGGAUAAUUACGAAAAAGAACAAAGCGCGACUUUCACAAGGGCGGAGACUACAAUUCGCAACGAUUGUCAAAAGGAGAGAGAUAAGCAAAUAGAGAUCGCUAUAGUUAGACUGGAAAAAGAAUCUCGUGAGAUACAAGCUAAGUUGCAGCAAAGUUUUGAUAAUAAAUUGGAACUAAUAAAAGAAGAUUACGAUGCAAAAUUACAAGCUGCAAUUAAAAGCGAGGGCAUUUAUAAAAAUAAACUACUAUUAUUGGAAGAAAAACUUAAAUGUACAGAAAUCCAACUUGAAAAAACAGAAAAUAAAUUAAAAGAGUGCAUAUCAAAUCUUAAUAAUAUGAAUGAGACAAUCAUAAAAUUAACUACAGAGAAAAACAAUGCAAAGGAGUUAGCAAAACAAGAAAUUGAGACGGAGAAAAGAGAGUUAGAAGACAAAAUUGCUUCACUUUAUCAAGAAAUAACGCAAAAUAACAUUAAUAGAGACCAAAUUAUGGCACAGUUGCAUAGCAGGAUAAAACUUGUAAUCACUCAAAAAGUUCUAACUAUAAAAAAUCUCAAUAAAAAACUUGAUGACGUUAAUUCAAGAUGCGAACACUUGGAAAAAUUGCUGGAUCAACAAAGAAAAGAAUAUAUUUUGAAAACUUUAUAAAUAACUUGAUUUAUAAGAUUGUAUGUAUAUAUGUAUGUAUAUACGCUGAUUGAAAAUUAUAAUUUUUACUAAGAAAAUAUCUUUAAGAUACGAUUUGCCAUAAAUUAUACUACAAAAUACAAUUUAAAAAAUCGUAUCAAUAAUUAAUAUCUGUAAUUAUAUGUAUCAUAUAUGUAAAAUAAAAAAAUAUAUAGUCUGA